ACCUUAGUAGUCGCCAUAUUGGAUUUUGUUGUGCUUCGGUCGAAAACAUUGUGAGCACGUGGAUUGUUAGAUUUUAAUUUUGGGCUAAAUUUUUUAGUUAAUAAUACCAUUUGGUGAAGUCAUUUGCUUUGUUAUUAAUUCGGCGUUUUAUAGUGCAAUCGUUUUUAUUUGGAUACCAACGUUUCUGGUAAAAGUGGCUCGAUACAAUGGCACCUUGUCGUCAGCUGCUUAUGUGGUCAGUGCCAUCAAUAGCAGUGUUAAUUGGCAUAUUUUGGUUCAAGAAAAAGAGAGAAUAUGCCAAAUCUGACCCAGGAGGAAGAGAAAGAAUAAAAAGUUUAAAAGAGGAAUUAGCAGAAGUGUUAAAUGCUCAGGCUGAAUUGAACAGGACAUCUCCUCUGGGUAAGGCUGAACGAUCAAUAAUUAAAUCUGCUCCAAUAGACAUAAUCCCAAAAGGUAGCGGAUCACAAAGAUCUUCUUUUGAACUGACCGAUGAAGAGGUUGACUUAGAAAUAGAGAAGAUAAUAAGAAAGAAAUCUCUUGAAAAAGAUAAGAAAUUAUCAGUGGAAGUAGGGAAACAGUAUAUUAAUAACAGUUCAUAUGUUUCUUCAAAUUUGAAUCAUACCCCUGUUGCAGUGAAAGAAUCUAUAGCACAUACAUUUUCACCACUACAAACAGAAAUGUCUUGCAACAAAGGUGAUAUGACACUGGACUCAAAAGUCAGUGUUCCUGAUGUUAACAUCAUAGAAAAACAACAUUCAGAAGAUGAGUCUGUGACAGAACUUUUGCAUCAAGAUAGUACAAAUUUUGAUAAUAACAAAACUGAAGAUAUUUCCACUGAAGAUGGAGAUAUGGUCAAUGACCAUGAUGAUCUUAAUAUUAACAAUAAUUUAAAUGAUAAUAAUAUUAAUGAACCUAGUGAAAGUAAUGAAAGCAAUAAUACUUACUCAUCACAGACUAGAAGAAUUUCAGAGAGGGAUUCGGCAAAUCAUAGUCCCGUAGAUCCUUUGUUAGCUAGUCCUUCAAUGUGUCAUUUUUCAGAUAGUCACAGCGAGGGAUCAAGUGAUAGUGGUAAAGGAUGUUCAGAAGCAGCUAGUCCACCCCCGGCCAAUUUAAAUAUGGUUCCUUCGGAUUCUGGCCUUAGAAUACAUCAGUUUAUAAUUCCUCAGACCCUUGUUGGUCUAUUAAUAGGCAAACACGGAUCAUUUGUUAACCAAAUUAAAGCUAAAACUGGCGCAAGUGUUUAUGUAAGAAGACAUCCAGAUUCUGUUAAACAGAAAAUUUGUGCAGUAGAAGGGACUCAAAAUGAAAUUGAGGCAGCUAUAGAUAUGAUAAAAGAAAAAUUCCCAGAAAAGAGAUUCCCCAAUUUUUCAAUUCAAGAAAUUAGUGCAGAACUAUAUCAAAGACUAGCACCUUUUAUACCAGAAUUUCUUCAAUUGCAGCUUGUGGAAUCUGUGAACAAUGACACCAUAAUGACGUGCCUGGUGAGCGCGGGACACUUCUUCCUGCAGCAGCCGCUGCACCCCACCUUCCCGUCGCUGCACGCGCUGCACCGUCUCAUGGCCGCCACGUACCAGAACCCGGACGUGCCCUCCCUGCCGCGCCCGGUGAAAGAGGGGUCGAUCUGCGCAGCGCCCACAGAGAACAACUGGUACCGCGCACAAGUUAUAUCUACGUCGGAGGAAAACGACACGUCUGUGGUGAAGCUGGUCGACUUUGGAGGUUACCUCACCGUUGACAAUGACCAGCUCAAGCAGAUACGUUCAGACUUCAUGACUCUGCCUUUCCAGGCUACAGAAGCCCUUUUAGCAUUUGUCAAACCCGCCAACAAUGAGGAGGAUUGGAGCAGCGAGGCGCUGCGCAUAAUGGCGGGCCUGACGGCGGGCCAGCUGCUGCACGCGCAGGUCGCCGGCUACGACGAGGCCGGCCUGCCGCUCGUGCAUCUCUACCUUACACUCAACCCACAGCAAGUAAUAUUCCUGAACCGCGAGCUGGUGGAGCGCGGGCUGGCGGAGUGGGACGUGCCGGCGGACUCGUGAGCGCGGGCGCAUUCUCCACUAUCUUAAGAAACGCAGUUUCCAAUGUGAGUUGUCACUGUCUUACGUUCCUCCGUUCAAACACCAACUGGAUAAUGUUUAAAUUAUUUAAUGAUUUUUACGACUGGUAAUGUUAGUUGUGUUUUGACACGACCUGUAACAAAAUAUACUUAUUUUACACGUCAACUUGUUUCAGUUUUAAUUUUAUUAGCUUAAAUUCAGAUGCUGCUAUGAUCUUUAUUGUAAGGUUUGAAGAAAUUCUUCCUCGCGGCUUUUAUCUAAAAUCAUCUAUAAUUUGCAAUAAUGUUGCUUUAGGAUACGUAAGUUAAUUUUAGAUCACAAAUUGGCUCGUUCAUUUUUAAUUCUAUAAUUAUAUUUCUAAUGAUUUCUGAAUGGUCAGGAUGCUCAUUGUAAUACUGCCCGGUGCAUUUCUGUGUAAUGUUGAAGACAUAUUUAUGAAGAGAACUAUUCAACUUUGAAUGAUUACAUUAAUUUGUAUUUUAACCAUGUGCUUUAAGACUGCUUAAAUUGUGCCUUUUAAAGUGAUAUCCGUUACUGCAGCCUUAAUACAAUAUACGAAUUAAACCGCUAAAAUAUACAAACCACAAUAUUCUGAUGGAAAUUGCAAUAAAUAUGUUACGUAUAAUCGACUGUUAUAAUAAAUAUAGUUAUUGUAGAUUAUUUGUAUAAUACCUAUGUAAAAUAAGAAAGUAGAAGUAUAAUGUUGCGUGUUUGCCUUAGUGAAGAUGUAGUUCAAAUUGUGUAAAAGUGGCGGAACAUCCAUACAUUCAGAAACAAUGACGAUUGAAUUUGACUUGUAUGAAGGUAAACAAAGUUACGUGUACGAUGACCGAAAUAAACUUGUUAAUGCAUUUGUGCAUAUUAAUAAAAAACAAUUAUUGUGAAAAACUAAAGUUUUAAAGUACUCAAUGUCUUGUGGGAAAGAUGUACACAUGAAAUAAAUAAUAAAUUGACUGUCAUAUUUAUUCUGUCAUUAAACUCUCAAAUGUAUUUUGGUUGUAUGGAAGCUCCGUCCGCUGGUUGUAGUCUGGUUACGAAUUUGACAAAGAUUUUCAUGUCUUCAUUCAACAGUUCCAUCCUCAAUUUACCUUUGAUAAUUGUUAUCUACUAGAAAUCUAGAGCUUGUUACGAGUUAGCUUUUGCUCUUUAAAGUUGUUAUCACUUAAAUGUUUAGAAAGUAAAAACUAUUUUCAUACCACAAAUGUAUCAGCUUUGAUCUACAGUGACAAUGAUAGUGCAUUGACAAUCUUUGAGCAAAUUAGUUAUAAUGAGCAUUUCAAUAUUCCUGACUUAAUGUAAAUAAUAUUAAGUAAUAAGUAGUGAUCUAAACAGUUUUGAUUUUUUAGUUUGAAAUUCAGUAUUUUUUAAGGUUAGGUGUUCUUUUCAUAGAGAUUUAUGAUAAUGUAGUGUACUUGUUGGAAGCUACACUUAGCUUAAGAUACAAGUAUAAUUUUGUAGUUUUGUAGGUAUUUUUGAGAAGCUAUGUGUUUUUUUUUUGUUUAUUUAUAAUCAAGUCCACCAACUUUGGUUUUCACGGCCGUAGCUGUUGGUAAUCAGUUGGUUUACUGUAUACCUGCUCUCCUUUUGCAUUUUGUUGACGUCGAUUGUACAUAUACUAAUAUAUUUGCGGUUAAAUAAAUUAUCGUUUUAAAAAA